CGGGUACGAUUUUAUUUGUGUACGAAUUCCCAAUAGGUAAAUCAAGAAAAAAUUUAGAAGCCGGUAUUUUCAUUACUUUUAUCGGUAUUUUAACUAAAAACUAAAACAUCUCUUUAUCUGUUUUGAAUAUUUUGAACAAAAUUGAAAUGAAAGGAACUUGAAGUUAGCUCAAGAAUGUCUGAAGUUCCAGGAUCAGCAGGCUUUCCAUUGGUUGGAGACAAGUCAUAUGACUUUUACAAAGAUCCAAUCAGAUUUCAGAACAAGCAUAUGGAGGCCACAAAAUCUAGAGUAUUUCUAUCAAGAUUUUUAAACAAACCUACAAUAUUUAUAGGAUCAAGUGCCAUUCUGGGAGAGGUGUUGAAAGAUCAUGCCCAGCAUAUGGACUUCGGUUAUAAACAAUUCAUGGGAGAAAUAUAUGGUGACAACAUACUUUUUUCUGAUGGAGAUACUGCUGAAGGAUUGAGAGAAAUAUUGAAACAUCUGUUUACACCAGAAUCUGUACAGUCAUACCAAUACACUAUUGAAAGGAUCGUAAAGAAGUCUAUUGAAACUCUGGAUAAUGGAGACACUUUAUGUGCUUACAAAUUCUUCAAGAAGUUAGCAACAGAGAUUUGCCUGAGCUUAUUUCUGGGUUUAGACUUUAGUGAAACAGAGGCUGACGUUAUCUCACAGCUGACUACAACACACUGGCAUGGUAUAAUAUCUGUACCAGUUGCCAUCAAAUUACCCAAGAUGAGUGAAACAGCAUUUAGCAAAGCGUUAGCUGCCAAGAAAAAACUGCUGGAAAUUAUAAAGAAAAGACGUGAUGAGAAAUGCCACAGUUUCCCUCAGAAAGUCGAGGCCCUACCAAACCUAGAGGAAGAUCUAGUCAACAAUCAUCUACUGCUCUUUACCUCAGCUCUCGUUCCGAAAGCCCUUGCUUCAAUACUCACAUCUUUUGUUAAAGAAAUGGGACAUGUGGAAAAGGUAACAAUAGAUUUUGUAUAUAGUUACACAUAG